AUGGAGGAAGAAGCUUCAGAACCUAAUUUUGAACACCAUAGUCCUUACGAGCUCAGUGAAUUGAUCACAAAUUACUUCACAGUGCGGUCUGAACUACUCCGACCAUCAAGGACAAGGAGUCUGAAGAAGCCAUCCAGGAUGAAGUUCUAUUAUCUCUCAUAUGAUGAGUUAUCACAGAUCAUGAAAUACCUAGAUUUAAGGGCUUUAUUAACCUGAAGGCUAGUAGAUAGGAAGUGCAAUAUUUCUGCAUCUUAUGCUCUUAGGGACAACUAUCACGAAUUCAAAAAUGAUACUGAAAGCUCAGGCCAAAAUUUAAUACUAAGAAUCCCUCCCAGCAAGACAAAUUUCUUAAGGAGGUUACCUAACCCAAACAAGUUUUUCAAAGCAGAUGGUGAAUUUUUACCUAAGAAAACUUCGAUUCACAAGCUCCAGUUGUGAAACCUUCUUCAUUGCUUAGCUAAAGGGCCUAUAGACGAGUUCGAACUUAACACAAAAAUUUUAUAAGAAGAUUUAUGGAAAACAAGAAAUUACAGGGCAGAAGUGGAAUAACCUUGUCCCUAAAUAUUCCUCACAAGAGAAUACAGCAAUUCUUCCAUAAUCUGAAGCAAUGGGAUAUCUACUGGUUCAAGGACAUUAAUCUUGAGGAAGAUGUUUACGAAGAAGACAACUUAGUAGCUCCCUUAGUCAACUGUAACCUCUCAAGAGCUCUUUUUACAAUGCUUUGCUUCUUCAUACUAGACUCUGGUGAUAUCUACAAAGUAGGUAAGCACUCUAUUGGAAUAAACUGCAAAAAGGGACAUGAGUCUGUAAAUACUCAGAUGUACAAAUAUCUAGAAAAGUAUUAUAUCCGGCAAUAUCUCUACUCAGAAGUCAUCAUCAAUAUUCUAGAGCAAAGGAACUUCUUCAAUAAGCAAGAUAGAACCAAAGGUAGGGAGAGAUACGCCAUCAAGCUGAGCUUUGACAAAAAGUUUCAUAACAUCUCAUGGAGCAACAUCCUUGCUAUUACUUUUUCCUUCAUGAACUUAAAAGAUACCCUAAAGUACAGGAAGAUUUCAAAGGUUUUCAAUAAAGCUGUUCAGAACAACUGAAAAGUUCUGGUCAAUACCUCCAGAGACGAAGAACUUAGACUUGAUGUGAAGAGGGUUCCUAAGGCUUUUAGGGAAUUCUACAAAAAUAGCAUUUAAUAUCUUAAAAUCAGCCUAAUA